GUGCUUCCGAUACCGGCAGGGAUUUAAGGCUGGCGGGUGCCCGGGACCGCCACACCUGAGCCAUGGCUGCGAUGCUGAGCCUCGUCCUGCUGCUGGCGGCUGGCGGUGUCCGCGCCGCGGUGCUGCCGGACUCCCGGGUGGUCAACGGGCAAGAUGCAGAGCCCUACAGCUGGCCCUGGCAGAUCUCGCUGCAGUACGAGCGGGACGGCACCUUCCGCCACACCUGCGGGGGCACCUUGAUCGCUGCCAACUGGGUGAUGACGGCCGCGCACUGCAUCUCCAACUCCCGCACGUACCAGGUGGUGCUGGGCGAGUAUGACAUGAGCGCCGGGGAGGGUCCCGAGCAGCGCAUCCCCGUGAACUCCGACGACAUCUUCGUGCAUCCCAAGUGGCUCAGCUUCUGCGCGGCGUGCGGCAAUGACAUCGCCCUGAUGAAGCUGCAGCGCCCGGCCGCGCUCUCGGCGGAGGUGCAGGUGGGGCGCCUGCCGCCUGCCGGCUCCAUCCUGCCCAACGGGUACCCCUGCGUGCUCAGCGGCUGGGGACGGCUCACCACUGGGGGGUCGCUGCCGGACCGGCUGCAGCAGGCAGAGCUGCCCGUGGUGGACUAUGAGCACUGCACCCAGCCCGACUGGUGGGGGGCUCUGGCCAUCCGCCAAACCAUGAUCUGUGCCGGCGGCGCCGAGAAGGCCGGAUGCAACGGUGACUCCGGGGGCCCCCUGAACUGCCAAGCUGAGGAUGGCACCUGGGAGGUCCAUGGCAUCGCCAGCUUCGUGUCAGCCCUGGGCUGCAACGCCGCCAAGAAACCCACCGUGUUCACCCGCGUGUCCGCCUUCGAGGACUGGAUUGCAGAGACCAUGAGAGACAACUGAGGGCAGCAGCGUCCUUGUCGUCACUCCCCCGGCCUGGCACCGGGCAAAUAAACUACCACCAGCUGGCACCUGUGUG